AUGAGGACUACUGGUGCAGUGGACUAUUUGUUCUAUUCCCUGCUCAUCCUGCAGCUUGUGAAUCAGCCCGCCGCCAAGCAAGUGCUCCGGUACCGCCUGGCCGAGGAGGGACCCGCCGAUGUCAGGGUGGGAAACGUCGCCGCCGACCUGGGCAUCGUCGCCGGGUCCGGGGAGGUGACGUUCACCCUGGAGUCCGGCUCCGAUUUCUUCAAAAUAGACAACAUCACAGGUGAGCUCAGCACCAACGAGCGGCGGAUCGACCGCGAGAAGCUGCAGCAGUGCCAAAUGAUCUUCGAUGAGAACGAGUGUUUUAUAGAUUUCGAGGUGUCAGUCAUCGGACCGGCCCAGAGCUGGGUCGACCUGUUCGAGGGGAAAGUCAUCAUCUUAGACAUCAACGACAACACCCCGUCCUUCCCGUCCCCUGUGCUCACCCUGUCCGUGGAGGAGAACAGACCCAUCGGGACCCUGUAUCUGCUGCCCACCGCCACAGACAGGGAUUUUGGCCGAAACGGAAUAGAGAGGUACGAGCUCAUCCAGGACAAUGGGGAGAACUCCAGGCGCCCGGGCUCCAACGGGGACUCGUACCCGGGGAAGAGGAGGUUCGACGAAGCAGCGAGCAGGAGCAGCGUGUUUGAACUGCAAGUUGCUGACACCUCUGAUGGAGAGAAGCAGCCUCAGCUCAUCAUUAAAGGGGCCCUGGACCGGGAGCAGAGAGACUCCUACGAGCUCACCCUGCGAGUCAGGGACGGAGGAGACCCCCCUCGGUCCUCGCAGGCCAUUCUCAGGGUGAUGAUAACGGAUGUGAAUGACAACAACCCCAGGUUUGAGAAGAGCGUGUAUGAGGCGGACCUGCCGGAGAACAGCUCCCCGGGGGCGCCCAUCCUCCAGCUGAAGGCGGCGGACGCAGACGUGGGGGUCAACGGUCAAAUCGAGUAUGUGUUCGGUGCGGCCACGGAGUCGGUGAGGAGGCUGCUGAGGUUGGACGAGAGCACCGGGUGGCUGAGUGUGCUGCACCGCAUCGACCGUGAAGAAGUGAGCCAGCUGAGGUUCACGGUAAUGGCCCGCGACCGAGGCCAGCCGCCCAAAAUGGACAAGGCCACCGUGGUGCUGAACAUUAGGGACGAAAAUGACAACGUCCCGGCCAUAGAGAUACGGAAGAUUGGACGCAUUUUCUUAAAAGACGGCGUGGCCAACGUGGCCGAGGACGUGGUGGUGGACACGCCCAUCGCCUUGGUGCAGGUGUCGGACCGGGACCAGGGGGAAAACGGUAUAGUGACCUGCACGGUGGUGGGAGAUGUGCCCUUCCAGCUCAAGCCAGCCAGUGAAAUGGAGGGGGAGCAGAAUAAAAAGAAAUAUUUCCUCCACACGUCCGCACCCCUGGACUACGAGGCCACACAGGAAUACAACGUGGUGAUAGUGGCUGUGGACUCUGGGAGCCCGAGUCUGGCGAGUAAUAACUCUGUUAUCGUCAAAGUCGGGGACACUAAUGACAACCCCCCUAUCUUUAGCCAGAGCGUCGUGGAGGUGUCAUUCCCGGAGAACAAUGCCCCUGGCGAGAGGGUGACAACAGUGGCAGCCAUUGACGCAGAUAGUGGGAAGAACGCUGAAAUUGCCUAUUCCCUGGACUCAUCGGUAAAUGGGAUUUUCUCCAUCGACGCAGACAGCGGAGACAUCCGGGUCAACACCAUCCUGGACCGAGAGCAAACGGAGCGCUACGAAUUCAAAGUGAUCGCCAAAGAUAAGGGCGUCAACACCCUCCAGGGCUCGGCUACAGUGGUCGUCCUCGUGGCGGACAAGAACGACAACGAGCCAAAGUUCAUGCAGGACGUGUUCACCUUCUAUGUCAAAGAGAACCUUGAGCCCAACAGCCCCGUCGGCAUGGUUACGGUCAUCGACGCAGAUAAAGGCCAAAAUGCAGAGAUGAGUCUUUUCAUUGAAGAGGAGGAGGAGAUCUUUUCUAUUGAAAACGACACGGGGACUAUUUUCUCCACCCUGUCUUUUGACAGAGAGCAGAAGACCACGUACACCUUCCGGGUCAAAGCUGUGGACGGCGGUGACCCCCCGAGAUCCGCCACCGCCACAGUGUCACUCUUUGUCAUGGAUGAAAACGACAAUGCACCGAUGGUCACGUUCCCAAUAAACAGCUCCUACACCCUCCUCCCCCCCUCCAGUAACAUCGGAACAGUCGUCAGAACAGUCAUAGCCACCGACACUGACACCGGCAUCAAUGCAGAGCUGAACUACGGCAUCAUCGGGGGAAACCCCUUUAAGCUGUUUGAGAUUAACGGCAGUUUUGGGGUUAUUUCCCUGGUGGGGAAGCUGGAGGUGAAGCACUAUGGCCUCCACAGACUGGUGGUGCAGGUGAGCGACAGGGGGCAGCCGUCACAGACCACCACCACGCUGGUCCACGUGUUCGUUAAUGAGACUCUUUACAACUCUACAGUGGUGGAGGCCCAGGUGGCGAAGAGCCUGAGCACGUCUCUCAACACAAACAUCGCCGGUGACCCCAACUACGACCUGAGCAAGCAGCGCUUGAGCAUCGUGAUCGGAGUCGUUUCCGGCAUCAUGACAGUCAUCCUCAUCAUCCUCGUUGUGGUCAUGGCCCGCUACUGCCGUCCCAAGAACAAGAACGGCUACGAGGCCGGCAAGAAGGACCACGAGGACUUUUUCACGCCGCAGCAGCACGACAAAUCCAAGAAGCCCAAGAAGGAUAAGAAGAAGCUGAAAUCCAAACAGCCGCUCUACAGCAGCAUCGUCACCGUGGAGGCCUCCAAACCCAACGGGCAGCGCUACGACGGCGUCAACGAGAAGCUGUCCGACAGCCCGGGCAUGGGCCGCUACCGCUCGGUCAACGGAGGGCCCGGGAGUCCCGACCUGGCCCGGCACUACAAGUCCAGCUCGCCGCUCCCGACCGUCCAGCUUCACCCGCAGUCGCCGACGGCCGGGAAAAAGCACCAGGCCGUUCAGGACCUGCCGCCCGCCAACACCUUCGUUGGCACCGGAGAUAACAUUUCCCUUGGAUCUGACCACUGCUCCGAAUACAGCAGUCAAACCAUCAACAAGUACAACAAACAGCCGUUUCGCCGAGUGACCUUCUCGGUGGUGAGCCAGCCCCAGGACCCUCACCAGCAGGGAUCGCUGCAGAGCUGCUACGACAGCGGCCUGGACGAGUCGGAGACGCCCAGCAGCAAGAGUUCAUCGGGCCCCCGGCUGGGCGCCCUGCCCCUCCCCGAGGACAGCUACGAGAGGACAACGCCGGAUGGCAGUGUCGGUGAGGCAGAGCACUUGGAAAAUGACUCCCGGCCCUUGCCUGACGUAGCCAUGACUGGCAAGUGCACUCGGGAAUGCGACGAGUACGGCCACUCGGACUCCUGCUGGAUGCCUGUGCGCACGUCGCCCGAACGACGGCCAUCCAAGUCAACCACCACCCCCCAACAACCAAAGCUUUCCACUUUCAUGAGCGGCACUGGCAGCGGCAGCAGCAGCAGCAGCAGCGCCGAGCAGCCCGGCAGCCAAGAGACCCUCGCCAUGGCCGCCAUGGCCAACGGAGACCCCACCGCCGCUCACAUGAUGGGCGACCGCAAUCGCAACCUGCUCAACAAGAAGAUGGCUUCCUCCUCCUCUUCCUACGAGGUCUUCGGCUCGCCUUCUUACGGCUCACCGGGAGGCGGAGAGGAGGUGCUGGGCCACCCCACCGAGGAGAUCCCCUUGGCACCCACCGGGGAGUACAAGCCCACCUCCUGUGGCACUCUGACGCGGCGGGAGGUGUACCUGUGA